GGGGGUAUGAAGCCACAGAGUGUAGCUUAUAUCCCAUGAAUCUCUGCGGGUCGUUCUCUCUUUCCUUGAGCCGACAUGUCUAAGAGAGGACGUGGUGGUUCAUCUGGUGCGAAGUUUCGCAUCUCCCUGGGUCUCCCAGUGGGAGCUGUCAUCAACUGUGCAGACAAUACAGGAGCCAAGAACCUGUACAUUAUCUCCGUUAAGGGGAUCAAAGGUCGCCUCAACAGGCUACCUGCUGCUGGUGUUGGUGACAUGGUGAUGGCAACAGUGAAGAAAGGCAAGCCUGAGCUCAGAAAAAAGGUGCAUCCUGCGGUGGUGAUACGACAACGAAAAUCUUUUAGAAGAAAAGAUGGAGUUUUCCUCUAUUUUGAAGAUAAUGCAGGGGUAAUAGUGAACAACAAAGGAGAAAUGAAAGGAUCUGCAAUUACAGGACCAGUUGCAAAGGAAUGUGCAGACUUGUGGCCUAGGAUUGCUUCAAAUGCAGGCAGCAUUGCAUAAUUUUCAAUCCUGUUUUUUCAAAUUGGUGUAAUAAAAAUCUGUGUUGCCAAA